AGGCGCGCGCGCACUUCUCUCGCCCUGCAGAUAGGCGAUAAGGCAAAUGCAUCAUGUUUCAUCCUCCUCGCACGCGCUCUCCUCACAACUCGAGUUAAUGCGCGUUUCUUACUGCGCUAUUAAACUUGUUUGGCUGUCGGAAUUGUUGGGGAGGACCACGAAGAUUAAACGAAUCCGAUUUUAGUCUUACUUGACACUUUUAUACGCGAUCAGAAGACACUGUAUAUGGAUCUCGCGCGUGCUCUGCAGAGAACAUAUCGGAUUCGCCACUUACGUGCAUUGGACUUGAUUAACUGGAGUCGCAUCGGAUUGGGGACCAUUUUUAAUUAGUGUGCAUUUAGCAGGAAGGGGGGAAGGGGGUAAAAAAAAAAAGUUAGUUUGCAGUAAGCUGAGAAAGAAAAGGACUAUAAAUCAGGUAAGCUGUAUGGAUGCUGUCAAUGCGACCACCUGUACCGGCUGUGCUUUUGACUUGCAUCAGUGAAGCCUUUCUUCGGACUUGACACGCGAGGUACGUUCACGUUACCUUGCAGUUGCAAACCUGGGAAAGCGCGGCGGGCAUGCGGCACGCGCGGAUGCAUGGCCUGGCACGGUGCUCUCCGCGCGCUGCUCCUGCUGCUGCUGCUCGUGGCCGCGGGGGCGUGCGCAGGGGCCGCGGAGCGCCUCGCGUGGCUGCUGGCGGACAAGGGGCCGUUCCGUCGCGCGCACGAAUUCACAGAGUUCUCCGAGCGACACCAAAACGGUUUCACUACCCGCUACAAGAUUUACAGGGAGUUUGGCCGAUGGAAGGUGAACAACUUGGCUGUGGAGAGGCAGGAAGCAGUGCCCUUUGACCCCGACUUUGUGCGCAACAUCAGGCAGCUCGGGCGACGGCCGAGCCUGCAGAUGAUCGCGGACAACAUCAUCAAGAAGUAUGGCACUCACUUCCUGGUCUCAGCCACUCUUGGAGGCGAAGAGUCCUUGACCAUUUUCGUGGAUAAGCGGAAGCUGAGUGAAGCCCAUUCAAACAGCGGGGCCGCUAACGGCACGCUGACUCUCGAGGCCCUCCAUCACCUCGCUGCCUCCUACUUCAUCGACCGAGACAGCACGCUGAGGAAACUGCACCACCUCCAGAUCGCCUCAGCAGCCAUCAAGGUAACUGAGACGAGGACUGGCCCCCUUGGCUGUAGCAACUAUGACAAUCUCGACUCUGUCAGCUCGGUUUUGGUCCACAGCCCUGAGAACAGAAUUCAGCUCCAAGGCCUCCAGGUCCUUUUGCCAGAGUACCUCAGGAGCCGGUUCGUGCAAGCGGCGCUGAGUUACAUUGGCUGCAACGGCGAAGGCCACUUCACAUGCCAGGACAACGACUGCUGGUGUCAGUGUAGUGAUGGGCACCCGCAGUGUAACUGCCCCCUCGCCAGCCUCCGAGCACAGCAAAGCAACCUGGAGCACACCAACGAGGCCUGGAGGCAUGCCAACCAGGAGUUUGAGCAAUCAGAUGAGUUCCAGGCUUUCAUGGUACGACUGUCGACACAUGCAGCCCUGAAUUUGUCAUCAGUGUGGCGCGCAUGGCGGAGCGAUGCGGCACUGCAAAAACGCUACAGGAAGUUGGAGAACGACGCCGUUUUCCUCCUCAAUAAAGCGCAAGGAUGUGCCGCUAAACUCUUCGGCCUCAGCCGGAGAUGCCGCUCACAACCCAAAAUAAUUCUGCCAAGGGAAAGGCGUCUCGGUUACUGGCUACAACACAGCCUUUCCCUUCUGUACUGCAGUGAAGCUGAGAGUCCAGGAAUCUACUCGGAGGUGACGCACAGCUGCGUGUGCCCAGGUGGCCACCUGUCCUGCCAGGGAUUGAUCCCCUGCUCAGUGGGCACCGGAAGCCGUUGCGCAUCAUGCUCUCCGGAAAAUCGAACACGUUGCUCAAGCUGCAACAGCGGCUUCGCGUUAAGCCAAGGAUUGUGCCGUCCUGCUGCUCCAAGCCCCACCAAACAGUACCUUGGCACCGAGAUGGAAAUGCAUGACUUGGAACUGCGUGAUCUCCUGGAGCAGCGCGACGCCCACCUAGCCUUAUCCGCCAUCUUCGUGAGUAGCGACGUCAAACUCAACACCUGGUUUGAACCUUCGUGGAGAAAAAGGAUGCUCCUGACUCUAAAGAGCAAUAAAUCCAAGUCAAGUCGAGUGCACAUGCUGCUAGGAAUUUCGGCGCAGAUUUGCAUGACGAAGAACUCAACUCUGGAGCUGACGCUCUCUGUUUCGGUGAACCCGUUUGGUGGGAGUCACUCAGAGAGCUGGACGAUGCCAAUGAACCAAAACGGGUACCCUGAUUGGGAGAAAACGAGGUUAGACACCCCUAUAGACUGCUACAACUGGACUUUAACGUUGGGAAACCGCUGGAAGAGCUUUUUCGAAACGGUCCAUUUCUACCUGAGGAGCCGAACCCAGAGCGACGGUGCUCAAGGGAACGAGACGGUUGACUCGGAAGUGGCGAACAGAAACGCCUCGCAGCAUGUCGGCUACGUGAAAAUCAACAGCAUUCAGCUGUUUGGAUACAUCGUGCACUUUGACCCAGAAGCCAUUCGAGAUUUGAUCCUGCAGCUGGACUAUCCGUACACGCAGGGAUCUCAGGACUCGGCGCUGCAGGAGUUGAUGGAGAUUCGAUACAGAGUCAAUCGAUUAUCUCCUGCUGGACCGACACCUCUGGACCUUUUCUCAUGUCUCCUUCGACACAGACUCAAACUCUCGACUUCAGAGGUGUCGCGAAUUCUCGCGGCACUACAGGCUUUCGGCGCCAAACACAGAUACUACACAGAGUACGAAGCGGUCAAACUUUGUAGCUAACAAGUAACAUUCAGUUCCAGUUUAUUGCUUUGUUUUGAUGAAAUGCCGACAGUCUGAAGUUUUGUUUAGUUUCUUUUCUUUUUUUUUAUGACUGAAUUGCUGGUUUUGGUGUUUGAUAUAGACUGUUUUCCUCUUCAUAGAGAUGUUUGUAUUUGAUGUCUGAUGUAGAUCAAAUGAAAUGCAAAUGUUUUACCUUAAACAAAUGUGUUUUUCUGAAAAACAAUCCCAGCAAUGUUGCAAAUUUUGAAGUAAAUAAAA